GGCCUAAUGCAGAUUGAGGAAAAGAGAUGGGGAAGAGAAAAUGAACUUUUUGUACAGUUUGCUAUCCUUCUUCGUUGCCAAGAAACCGAAGCUCUGGUAAUCUGUAAUUGAGGCAAAGAGGAGUGCAUAUGCAUAUGCAUAAUCAGAAUUUGAUUUCAUAACUGUUUUAAUUUUAAAAAUGAUGUCUUCGGGACAUAUUCCUGAAGAUCGAAGAUCUUCUCCUCACUUCAGGCACACCCCCAUGCAAAUUAUUCAUAUUAUUGGCAAUUUCAUGAGAAUAUGGUCAAUUUAUUCUCUGUACCGGUACUUGUCUCAGACAGGCGCUUCUGUUGUUCUUUUUCUCUUCACUUGUCUGGUCCCAUCAUCCAUCCUAUUUCUUGUUUUGCAAAAGCCUUGGAAGGGUAGACCGCUCUCAAAUACACAGGUAGUGCCGUCUAUAAUAAAUGGUGGCAUAACGGCUUUAUACUUCGUUUUAUGGGGAAAAGGUCUUAAAUCAUGUGGACCUCUUAGAGCUAUACUAGCAGAGUAUGCUGGUGCUGUCCUUGGAGUAUUGUCUGCACUGCUAUAUGGGAGGAGAGGACAUGUUUGGAAAAAGAUUGGUGGGCUUAUUGCAAUGGUGACGUCUUUCUACUUCUUAUCUCAAGGAUGGGCCAUGGAAACAUAUUCUCCAUUCACAUUCAAAGAUGGUCCUGAUCCCGAGAUUGAGACUGGAGAAGUUUUGGGCAUGGCAGCAAUGACUGUUCCAAUAUGUGCCGGAAUCUUAUCAGCACUGAGACGGGUGAUUGCACGGCGUGUUUCACUUAAGAAUCAACUAAAAAGGCGACUUCAUGCAAUAACUAUAGCUUCUGCAACAUGUUUUCUAUUUCCUGUGGCCAUGUGGGACAUGAUCAUAGGAUCACCUUCAAGUAGCAGUGAAAAGAUGCCAUUCUCUGCUUGGCCUUUCUUGAGCACCAUUAUAUUUGGAGUUAUCUUGAUAUUCUAUGUGGAUAGCAUUGCAGAGGAGAGAUUACACAUGGUAUUCUCUUCUCCAAGGCAUUUAAUGGUAGCUGGAGGAUGCAUAAUUGUGAUGGAAAUCAUUUACAAGUUGGACUUCUCUCUCGCAGGAUUUAUAAUUUGCUGUCUAAUUUUGGGCUUUGGGAUAUAUGAAGCAACUUCUUUGGAACGAGGUAGAAAAGAUUCUUUUCAAACCUCAGACAUAUCAAAUGGGAUACUGGAGGAAGAAAUUCAGAUGUCCUCACUUCCAACUUGAAUUUUUUAGGGUUGAACAUCUUGAAUAGCAACUUUGCUGGCAGCUUUUGUCAUACAACAUGUUUGUCUUUUACUCACAGUUGUAUUCGUAACUAGUGAAAGGAAAUCAUCGUGGAAUUCCAGGUGAAUUCUUUAUUGUGGAACUGAAAGUAACUCCCAAGUUGUUAAUGAGCAAUCGUGUCAUGUUGCAUAUUAGGAGAUCAAGCAGUGUUAAAUUAUAGGAUUGCUCAAAAUUUCGACUCCAAUAGUUUACCAUCAUCUGCCAUGGAAAUAUACUAGUUCUAACUUGUUAAAGGCUUUUGUGAGAAGAUUUCUCUUCAAAUAAUUGUCUUUUAGGAGUUUAUAAUGUUUGGCUAAUAGAUUGGCUAAUAGAUGAUAUACUAGUCUAUAACCCAAGACAUUUUCUAAUCAUAGAUUCUAUUUUGUUGUGAAGUUCAUUUGUUCUAAUAAAAAGCCAAUUUUUUUUAUAUACAUA